GCACCGAGCCAGAGCUGCGCACCCCGCGUCCGUGUCCGCUGCGCCCCGCCUGGCCCCUGCGCCCCUCGCCAUGCUGGCCCGGCCCCUGCUGCUCCUCCUCGCCCUGGUCCCCGCAGCCCGCCUGCCCGGCGCGCACGGGGCCCCUGGCCCCGCCACCCUCCGCCCGGGCGGCGAGCGGGAGGUGACGGCGGCACCCGCAGCGCCGAGCACCCAGGGGCAGCUGGGGGAGCCCGUCCCCGAGGGCGGGAGGCUGCGGCUGGCCGAGGAGAAGGCAGCGGGCGGUGAAGCCAGGGGCACCACGAAGAAACCUGUGCGGGUUAAAGUAGUGAAGAAAAAAGUCUUGAAGAAGAAACCCAAGGCUUCGGGCCAGGGAGCAGCCACCGAGCAGCAGCCACAAUGUCCCCCGCUGGGGCUGGAGUCUCUGAGGGUGUCGGACUUCCAGCUACGAGCCUCCAGCAUCAAGCGCUACGGACUGGGUGCCCACCGGGGACGCCUCAAUAUACAGUCCGGGAUUCACGACGGUGACUUCUAUGACGGAGGCUGGUGUGCCGGCCACGAGGACCGGGACCAGUGGCUGGAGAUCGAUGCCCGGCGGCCGACCCGUUUCACCGGCGUCAUCACACAGGGCCUGAACUCCAUCUGGACUUACGACUGGGUGACCUCCUACAAAGUCCAGUUCAGUAACGACACACACAGCUGGCAGCCAGGCAGGAACGGGACGGAGGAGGUGGUGUUCCUGGGGAACAAGGACCCCGAGACGCCCGUGCUCAAUGCACUCCCCACCCCGGUGGUGGCGCGCUACAUCCGCAUCAACCCCCAGACCUGGUUUGAGAACGGCACCAUCUGCCUGAGGGCGGAGAUCCUGGGCUGCCCCUUGCCAGACCCCAACAACAUCUACUCCUGGGAGAACGAGCCGGUGGUGACCGACAAGCUGGACUUCAGGCAUCACAACUACAAGGAGAUGAGAAAGCUGAUGAAGGAGGUGAACGAGGAGUGCCCCAACAUCACCCGGGUCUACAGCAUUGGGAAGAGCUACCUCGGCCUGAAGAUGUACGCGAUGGAGAUCUCGGACAACCCCGGGCAGCACGAGUUGGGGGAGCCGGAGUUCCGCUACGUGGCCGGGAUGCACGGGAACGAGGUGCUGGGCCGUGAGCUCCUGCUCAACCUGAUGCAGUACCUGUGCGGCGAGUACACCCGGGGCAACCCCCGCGUCGUCCGGCUGGUGAGCGAGACCCGCAUCCACCUGCUGCCCUCCAUGAACCCCGACGGCUACGAGACGGCCUACAAGCUGGGCUCGGAGCUGGCGGGCUGGGCCGUGGGCCGCUGGACCUACGAAGGCAUCGACCUCAACCACAACUUCGCUGACCUCAACACGGCCCUGUGGGACGCCGAAGACAACGAGCUGGUUCCUCACAAGUUCCCCAACCACUAUCUCCCCAUCCCGGAGUACUACACCUUCGCCAACGCCACGGUGGCCCCGGAGACCCGCGCCGUCAUCGACUGGAUGCAGAAGUUCCCCUUCGUGCUAAGCGCCAACCUGCACGGGGGGGAGCUGGUGGUGACCUACCCCUACGACAUGACCCGCACCUACUGGAAGGCCCAGGAGCUGACGCCCACGCCCGACGACGCCAUCUUCCGCUGGCUCGCCACCGUCUAUGCCACCACCAACCUGGCCAUGGUGGACGACGAGCGCCGCCUCUGCCACUACGAGGACUUCACCAGGGAGGGCAACAUCAUCAACGGCGCCAACUGGCACACGGUGCCGGGAAGUAUGAACGACUUCAGCUACCUGCACACAAACUGCUUUGAGGUCACUGUAGAGCUGUCCUGCGACAAAUUCCCGCACGAGUCCGAGCUGCCCAGGGAGUGGGAGAACAACAAGGAGUCCCUGCUGGUCUUCAUGGAGCAGGUCCGCCGGGGCAUUAAAGGGGUCGUUCGGGACAAGGACACCGAGCAGGGAAUUGCAGACGCCAUCAUUGCCGUGGACGGCAUCAACCACGACGUCAGAACAGCUUUCGACGGCGACUACUGGCGCUUGCUGAACCCGGGCGAGUACGAGGUCACCGCCGCGGCCGAAGGCUACCACCCCGUCACCAGGACCUGCCGCGUCUCCUACGAGGACAACCCCACCCUCUGCGACUUCCAGCUCACCAAGACGCCCAAGCAGCGGCUGCGCGAGAUCCUGGCCAAGGGGGGCAAGAUCCCCAAGGACCUGAUCCUGCGGCUCCGGCAGCUGCGGCUCCGCAAGUUGAGGGCCCAGCGGCAGGCCCAGGGAGGGGACUAACCCCUUCUGGACUGUGUGGGGACGCAGAAGAGGGAUGUGCUCUGUGUGGCUCGCGGUCCCUCCCCCACACUCUAGUCUAGCGGCUUCUUGCUCUCUGUGUUGUUUCGUGAGUCUGUAGCGGGGUGUGACUGCCGGCCCAGUGUCCUCCUGGGGCCUGUCCCUUCCUACCUCCUACCCUGCCCUGCCCUUCCUGCUCUCCAGCCCGCAGCCCCUGGCUACGUUCCUUGGCAGUCCAGCCCCAAACCCUGCUUCUGAGCCCCCAGAUGCUCUCAGUUUGGGGGGGGUGUGCCUGGGCGUGGCAAGAAGACAGCGGAAAUCAGUGGCGCAGACAAAGCUGCAGGCGUGUUCCCUAGGGGCACAGGCAGUGGACAGACACCCGGGACGGGCUUUGCCAGCAGAAGAGGACUUUGUAACACCUCAAAGAGCAGCUUUCCCCCAGGAGGGUCUCAGCACGGCUGCUGCCGUCUUAGCCAGACCAGGGACCCCUGUUUAGUGGGUAGAGCCUUUGCCUAAGGACACUGCAGGGCCCGGUCCAGCCACCCAACAGAGGCCUCUGCUAACUGGUUCCGUUCCACUCUGCCUGGCCACCGCUUGGCAAAUCCCCCAGGAGGAAUCCCGCAGGCAGCAGUAACCACAAGGCAUUUGGACAUCAGGUCCCGGGGCGUGCAGAAGAAAGGGGAAGGGCCUCAGGAAUGGGAGCUGGGCUCAAGGUGAGGGCCAUGGCUCUCUGCUCCUGACUGCGAUGGGCAAGGAAGGGUCUUGUCCUCUCUCUACCUGAAAGGGGUGAGGUCAGAAGAGGGGGAAAUCGCCCACCCGAGGGAGUUCAAUCAGCUGUAUUGCCUUCAUUUACACCAGUGAAUCCGUUUCUUUGGGGGGUUACUGACACGUGGGUGGCAAUCGCUGGGUUAACAAGCAGUUGGCUCAGUAGUUGAGGGGAUACAAGUCCGCGUGGAUAUAUCUGCUGUGAGCCUGCGAUGGUUCUGUUGUGCAGUGUAGGGGAGGAAUCACACACGUAGUGAAAGGGGAACAAACUGGGGUGUGUUUGUGGUUGAGCUCAAGAAACAGGCCAGGCAGUGCAGCACACUGCGUAGCCACGGGGACGCCCCGUGACGAUCCCCAAGAGCAGCGUCUGGCCCCGUGAAAUGCCCUAAGUGGUGUCUAUUCGAGUCUCCUGGGCGUGAGCGAGCGGCCGCCACUGAUUCCUCGAAACAUGCGGAGUCUGCAUCUGAGACUCCAGGCUGGCCCUAAAAAUAGCUCCUGGCACACAAUGGGCAUGACGCAAGCAGGACUUCGAUUGCCUAGCACGGGGUCUGGCUGGGCAGGAAUCCAGAGCAAACAUACAUCAGUCAGUCCGUACCAACCAUGGUAGGGUGUGCGCUGGCUGGAUUCCCAGAUCCCUUGGGUGGAGGGAUCCUGGUGCAGUCAGGGAUAACCUGGUUCCGCCCCGUUGGUAAUGACAGCACAGUUCCCAAGGAUGUGCCCUGUAGAAUAGCCAGCACGCGCUCGUUUGGCGUUCCAUCAUCCGACUUCACUGGACCAUAGGUGACAUCUGGGGGAGCCAAUUCCUGGCCAGAGGGGUGGCCAUGGCACCCUCACUGAAACCACCACCUGUGGCACCAAUUGUCCCCCCUGGCAGUCUCCUCAGGGCCGACACAAGAGAUACCAGCAGCCUUCUCAGCUGCGAGGCACCCCUCCAGAGCAGGGCAGAAGCACGUUAAGGGGACACAGGUCCUGAUUUCGUAUUGCUCCAGGUUCCCCGGGCAUAACAAUUAAAAGGCUGUUACUGAAGAGCUAACUGGCGCCUUGUCCGAGCCCCGACCCAGAUCCUAGGCAGAGAUGACUCCGCUUGGUGCAGUGAAUGGUUCCUGUGGUUUCCUUUCCACUCAGCCUUUGUUGUCAGGGGUACUUGUGGGAAUACAGCUCGUCCCCAGGGUGACUCCAGUAAAGACACUGCAGUUACCCCAGGGAUGACUUUAGCCUCAGCUCUUUGUUCUCCCAGCACCCCGGUGAAGUCCCACUCCUCUGCAUGAGCCGUCACAAUUGUUUCCUUGGCACCGGCCUGCGAUGUCACAGUCAGAGGCUGAGACUGUGCAGAACAGAUGGGCUCCCAGGGCCAGCCGCUGACAGCCGUAGCGUGUCCGCUGCACCCGCCAGGAGCUGUGGGUGGGUCUCAGCACCGCUCUAGGGUCAGGCCCUCAGCGAACCGAGGACAGUGUCCAGGAACAGCCGCUGCCGAGGGCGUUCAGACGUUACUCAGAGCUUCCAGCUCUUCUGUGCAAGCCCAGGGCUAGUGGGCGCUUCGUUCUGCAGGCGGGACCUGACUGGAACAGGGCGUGUAAACAGCAGUGGAACAAUGGCUCGCGGCUCCGACCUAACGGGGGCGGCGAGAAGGGACCACUGCUCGGGUGGGCACUCAGCUCAGCACGAGGCGCUGAUGAGUUAACGAUACAAUGCUGGCAUUCGGUGUCCUUGCUAGGCAAGUGACACCCUCAGCAGCAAUAAACCUUCGCCGUUUUACCUUC